GGUCCGGCAAUUCGUCAUGGUGCGGGACCUGGUGGAGCGAUGUUCAUGUCCAUCACAGUUCCCCAUGGUGAAGGUGUCCGAGGGCAAGUACCGCAUCGGUGACACUCGCGUCCUCAUCUUUGUCAGGAUCUUGAGGAACCACGUGAUGGUGCGGGUAGGUGGUGGCUGGGACACCCUCGAACACUACCUGGACAAGCAUGACCCCUGCAGGUGUCGCCAAGGUCACAGAGUUGCUGUUGGGUCACGUGUAGGGUUCAAAACCUCCAGUGGUGGUCUAGAGCGUCAACUGAUGAACGUUACUUAUGAAAGGUGUGAAGAUGGCCAGAUACCAACCUCACCAUCCCCACGUCGUAGGUCAAGUGCAGGUGCAAGAGGAUUAAGGAGAGACUCUUUGGAAAGUAGUUAUUCCAUGCGUCAAAGAUCACAAUCACCUGCAAGCCGGGACCCUGCUGCCUUUGCGCGCUUAGGACCUGGGAGAUUGAGUACAGGCAAAUGGGGACCAACAUCAGGAUUUAGAGAUGAACAAACAGCAUGGCGUGAUGACUCCUCAGAGGUUAGCGAUGAGGGUUAUAAGAGUCAAGGAAAUACUGCUUGCCGUUCCUUACCCAGAGCUCGUAAACCCACACCCAGGAAUAACCUAGAGGUGGAUAAUACUGACAUAAUAGAACGUCCAGAAUCUUCCAUGACACACAUGUCAUCAGAAGGAUCAUCAAUGUCAACGGAGGACUCAGUUAACACUCCACCACGUUCACCAACAAACCCCACAACCACUCCUCCACACUACCCUCUGUCAGACACAACCAACACCUGGUCACCUCCUUCACAAAAUAAACAAAAGCAUUCCAGCAGUAUACCCAAAUCAAAAAUACCUUUCAUUGAUUCACUGAAGGGUCCAUUUAUGGGAACAAAAAAGUCAAAGAAAACUUCAGUCCCCGAAGAAAAAUCUCCAUCAAAACCAGCAUGGAAUUCAGGGCCUGGAUUACGUCGGAACAGUGAAGAUCGUGGAAGUCGUAUCAUAAGUCGCAGCCGCAGUGCUACCAGUGAGGGCGGCCUUAUGAUGUUAGGUAGAGAAUCUCCUUCACGCCAACCCCUGAGGCCAACAGCAAGACGUCCAUCAAGCUCAGGCGGACCACAAGGAAAGAAUACUUGGAAUGGUAGAGCUUCACGGGAACGUCCAAGCCUCACAACUGAUACCUAUAAACCACCAACAACCCCUCGAACAGUACGUUCAGCAUCAGCAUCCCCAGCUACCACAAGGCGACAUUUUGGACAUUCGGCUCCAGUUACACCUCUAAAUCGUUCCCCAAAACGUUCAGCACCAGGAUCCACCCUCACAUCACCAACUAGCAGUGGGCCAGUACUUAAACAGCUUGCUGACCUUGACCCAGAUGAAAAUACUCUCCUGUGUAUCAAGGAUAUAUAUGAUUCCCUCAGGGCAAAAGUAUCUGAGAGCUUAGCAGCUGAAGGCAAGUCCCUACCACCAGAACUAGCCCAAGAGUACACAACCUCCUGGGUGAAUGCACAUGUGUCUAGUAGUGGAAGUCAGAGUUUAGAUCCAAAAAUAAAUGUAAAUGGUGGUACUAGCAGCCCAAAUAGUUCUCAUAAAGUUGCCCCAAGAAAGGCCGGUGUUGGGUCCCGUAUUCCUGCACCAACAUUCUUUAUGUCCCGCCAAACAGAAAUAUAGCAGUGGGAUAAAAUAAAAAAAUAAGGCUGUGGAGGUGGCAUAGUGUGCUUGAUAUAGUGCCUGCAGGAACUUUGAUGAAUUUCACCAUCUGUGAACCAAAGAACAUUACAGAUUAGGUUCACAGAUGGACUGACAACACAAAAAUUACAUGACUGAGUGCAAUUGUCAGGAAUAUUCAUGUUUUUAAUACCUAGCUGGUAAAACACUAAUGCCACCUACAAAGAUUGGCUCGGAAGUUUCCCUACCCAAAUGUGCCUCUGUAACCACACUAACAUGAAUGGUGCUCCUUACCUAACAUGUGAUAUGUUGCAAUUUGUAUUAUUUGAUAUUAUGGAAGAAUAACAUUCCGAUAUUCUUAUGUGUUUGAUAUCGGUUGUGUCAUAACGCAAAUACUAGUCGACUGUAGAAUAGAAAAAUUAGAAAUUUAUCAAAAAAUAUUUAAGAUAUAAUGUUUUUAAUUCAAUUUGAUAUUACUGUUGACACAUUUUAGUACAAUGGUAUAUAGCUUUACAGCCUUGUUUCAUCCACACUUAUGAUGUGCUUCAAUUUAGCUUUUGAUUGUACUGUAAUAUGUAAUAUUUUUUUGCAAUUCCUCAGAUUAUGAUGUAAUUGUUGGUAAUCUUUUAUUGUAAAGCAUAGACUUACACCACUUGUGAUCCACGAACAGGUUACAAUAUUUGUUCAGAUAUGUCAUCCAGUAAUCAAUGGAUAUCUGUGCAGCACACCAUUAUAUAAUCCACGUCACAACAUUGCCACCUGAGAGGAUAUUUGUAACACUUUAUUUAUGUUGCUGUCAAUGUUACUGGUAGUGAAGAUGAUUACUGGAGUCCAUAGAAUAAUAAGAUUAAUGUUCUCACCUCACAACAGUUUCUAGAUGGUCGUGUCCGCAGCAAAUAAAAAAGGAAGAAAAGAAGAAAAGAAAAGGGGCAUUUAAAAUUACUUUUUCUGAAAAGAUUAUCAGAAGGGAUUAUUCAUAAACUGAAUUUAAUGACCUAGUGCCCAGCAUUUAAUAUUAUUAUAGACUGGUGGGGAAUUUGGUAUUUGUUAUUCUUCAUGUCUUACCACUAAAUUGUUUUCUGUGUUUUAAAAAGAAACCUGUGUCAGGUUUUGUUAAUUUGUAGAUAAACAAAUUUUAAAAUAUAUUAAUUGAUGGUUGUUAAUUAUAAUUAGAUAUUCCAGAAUUGUUACCCCUUUUUUUAUAUACGUACAAUUGAAAUUUUUGACGUUAGUGUCUAUAGACCUAUUACAGUUAAUAUGAGACAUUAGAGUUGCAAAUUUUUGCCAGUGUCAGAAAUUUGGUGCUUUCUUUUUCUUUCCCCAUCAUUGUUAUAUUAUUUGCUACAUGAAUUCAAGUUUCCCUAGCACAGAGUAACUCUAAACUCUGAUGCAAUUGCUGACCAAAUUUUUUAAGGUUCUGUUAUAUGCAUUAUUCCUUAUUGGUAUUACUAGAUUAGCUUUACAAAAAUAAGAAAUUUGUAUUAUGAAUUAUGGUAUUGCCAUGUUAUCUAGUGUGAUGCAUUCCUAUCUGGAGUGCCAACAAUUUAAAAAUUAAUGUAAUUAUAUCACGGCUGUCAUCCCACAUGCAAGGUGCUGUUCUACACUGGUGUUGCUUGAAGCUUAGGCCAGCUCUAGUGAUUGAAAGCUGCCGAGAAAAAAAGUGCUUAAAGUUUUGCUCACACUGCUGUUAUGCUUCCAUCUAGCACUUGGGCACACAGUAAUUUGCAAAUACUGGUAUGCUAAACUAUCAUACUGUACUUCAUAUAUUAUUUUGUUUUGUUUCCUGCACCUAAUAAUGAUUGAUAUAAUGGCUUAUGUUAUAAGUUAAAAAAUCAUGUAUACUAAUCCUAAUUUUGGUUGCUUAUUUCUUUGUUCAAGGAAAUUCUGGGGGACCCAAGUAAGCAACAGAGGUAAUAUUAACAAGUAAAACAUUUAUUCAAUACAACACGGGCUCAUAUAGUUCUGUGAUGGGCAUAUGUAAAUAAUAAAACUAUGGAGCUUUACACAGGGUAUCAUGAGACUCUGUUUCUAUGAAAUGCAAAAAAAAAAAAAAUCAAUCUUAAUUUACAGAUUUGCUGAUGUACAGUCACCUACUAAAGUCCUGUCGCCUCUCUUGCUGUUCAUGAACCCUGAGAUUCAGACUCAUGAACCCGAAACAGUAGACACCGAUGCAUUAUUCUGUUUUUAAAUGCUUCUGGUUCAUGAGUUUGAAUCUCAAAGUUCUUGGUUCAAGAGGAGAGGAGACAGGACUUUUGUGGGUGACUGUACCUACACCUCUCUUACUUCAGAAAUCUUGUCCCUUUUCCCUUCCUUUACUUCUUCCUCCCCGGCAACUUAGUUAACUGCUGUUCUCCACUCCCAACUAUGUAUACUCUGUUGGUCAGCUGAACAGACAUACUCCAGUCACCUGAUUCACAGAGGUUGUUAUCAUAAUCUACAUUUUUAAUAAAGACAUAAAAGAA